AUGUGUGGAAUCUUUGGAUAUUGCAACUAUUUGGUGGAGAAGUCGCGCGGGGACGUCAUUGACACCUUGGUGGAGGGUCUGCAACGUUUGGAAUACCGUGGAUACGAUUCGACCGGGAUCGCUAUCGACGGCGAUGAGCCAGAUUCUACGCUUAUAUACAGGCAGAUCGGAAAAGUGGCCGCGUUGGAAAAAGAGAUCGAAAAUCAGCACCCACAGCGCGAAUCCACGUUUGUAUCGCACUGCGGAAUAGCACACACGCGUUGGGCCACCCACGGUGAGCCUAAAGUGGUCAAUUGCCAUCCACAGCGGUCCGACACCCGCAACGAUUUCGUGAUUGUGCACAACGGAAUUAUCACGAAUUUCCGGGAGCUGAAACAACUGUUGGCCAACAAGGGCUUCCAUUUCGAGUCCGACACAGACACGGAGGUCAUUGCCAAGCUUUUCAAGCAUCUGUACGACACCAACGUGAAAAAUGGUGUGGAUCUCGAUUUCCACGAACUCACGAUGCAGGUUUUGCUGGAAUUGGACGGUUCUUACGGGCUGCUGUGCAGAUCCGUGCACUACCCCAAUGAGGUGAUUGCCACGCGUAAGGGCUCUCCGCUGUUGAUCGGCGUCAAGUCCGAACGCAAGCUGAAAGUCGAUUUUGUUGAUGUUGAGUUUCCAGACUCAGACGACGAGGCACAACCGGAAGUGCCCAUCAACACCGUUCGUGGUGAACAACGCAAUUUUCUGCCCAUUGCUGCGAAUGAAUCGGCUCUCAGACGCUCGCAAUCACGCGCGUUUUUGUCUGAAGACGGUGCUCCUAACCCAGUAGAGUUUUUUGUAUCUUCUGAUGCCGCAUCUGUGGUAAAACAUACCAAAAAAGUGCUGUUUUUGGAAGAUGACGAUAUCGCUCAUAUUUACGACGGUGAAUUGCACAUCCACAGAUCUAGACGCAAAAUGGGCGAAUCUGCCACCAGAUCUAUUCAAACUUUGGAACUGGAACUAGCUCAGAUUAUGAGGGGUCCUUACAAGCACUUUAUGCAAAAGGAAAUUUUUGAACAACCAGAUUCCACUUUCAACACCAUGAGAGGAAGAAUGGAUUUCGAAAACAACAGCGUGAUGCUCGGUGGACUAAGUGCAUGGCUACCUGUGAUCAGAAGGGCACGUAGAUUGAUCAUGAUCGCAUGUGGUACUUCGUACCAUUCCUGUCUUGCAACCAGAGCUAUUUUCGAAGAAUUAUCGGAAAUUCCUGUGAGUGUCGAACUGGCGUCCGAUUUCUUGGAUCGUAAGACCCCAGUCUUCAGAGACGAUGUCGCUGUGUUUGUUUCUCAGAGUGGUGAAACUGCAGACACCAUGCUUGCCUUGAAGUACUGCUUGGAGAGGGGUGCCUUAACCGUUGGUAUCGUGAACAGCGUGGGUUCUUCGAUUUCCAGAGUAACCCACUGUGGUGUCCACAUCAAUGCAGGCCCAGAAAUCGGUGUGGCCUCAACCAAAGCUUACACCUCGCAAUACAUCGCUUUGGUGAUGUUCGCAUUGUCAAUUUCAGACGAUAGAGUAUCCAAGAUUGACAGAAGAAAGGAAAUCAUUCAAGGUCUAAGGCGCAUCCCAGAUCAGAUAAAAUCCGUGUUGAAAUUGGAGCCUUUAAUCAAGGAUUUGUGCAAAACUGAAUUGAAGGAUCAAAAAUCUCUCCUACUCUUGGGUAGAGGAUACCAAUUUGCGUCUGCUUUGGAGGGUGCUUUGAAGAUUAAAGAAAUUUCUUAUAUGCAUUCUGAGGGUGUACUUGCUGGAGAAUUGAAACACGGUGUGCUUGCUUUGGUUGACGAGGAUUUACCAAUUAUUGCUUUUGCGACAAGAGACUCGCUAUUCCCCAAAGUUGUUUCGUCUAUCGAACAAGUUACUGCUAGAAAGGGACGUCCUAUUAUUAUUUGCAACGAGAAUGAUGAGGUUUGGAAAGCCAAGACUAAAAACACAAAUCUUGUCACUUUAGAGGUCCCAUUAACGGUUGACUGCUUACAAGGUUUAUUAAACAUCAUUCCUCUACAACUAACGUCCUAUUGGCUCGCUGUCAACAAGAACAUAGACGUUGAUUUCCCAAGAAACUUGGCGAAAUCUGUCACUGUGGAGUGA